CAAAUUACCUUACCUUGCUUUUCCUUCAUUUUCGCACAACAGAGGUUUUUCCCUCAACUUCAUUUCCGUCCCCACCGCCCCCACAUCUCCGCCGCCCCACAUAUCCGUUGCGGCGUCACUACCGUCAUCUUCUCCAGCACCGUGCUUGCGCCCAAAGGAAGCAGAGUAGAAAAGAGAAAUGAUUGAAGGGCAUCAGGAAUUUUUUGAGUUUGAUUGAAUUCAAAUAGCAAUUUUUUUUAACAAACUUUUAAUUUGAAUUCUUGAGCUUGAGGAAAUGUAGGCCGGUGGUGGUUUUGUUCAUGAGAAGAUAAUGUAUUAGAUUGGAAGUAUUUCAGUAGUGACUGAGGAUAAUUACAUCAAGUAAUUAAAGAUGCCACUCUAUGACUGUGUGCUAUUACUGAAACCUCAUGUGAAGCGGGAAUCCUUGAUGGACUUGGUUGCUAGGGUGGGGAAACACGUUUAUGCUCGAAAUGGUGUGCUGGCGGAGAUAAAGACCUUUGGAACUGUUCAUCUGGGUUAUGGUAUUAAGAAGCUUGAUGGAAGAUACUUUCAGGGACAACUAAUGCAGAUGACCAUGAUGGCAACACCCAAUAUAAACAAGGAGCUUCAUUACUUGAACAAAGAAGACCGACUUUUACGAUGGCUCAUUGUGAAACAUCGAAACACAAGGUUUGGGCUUGACAGCAUGGAUGAUGAAUAUUUAAGAAGUGAACUAAAGAAAUUCGAUGAGCGUAGCAUAUAUGAUUUAAAUAAAGAUGAAGACAAAGAUGAUGACGAGUAUGAUGACGAGGCCGAGAAGCAAGAUGGUUGAGGAUCAUGGGAUAUUGCAAAUCAUAUGCAACUCUCUACUGAUGUUCUUUUAGGUAGAUUUGCUGCUGUUUUAAACAUUUGUACCUUUUUUUUUUGCUUUUUAAUCUAAAGACUAUCUACUUCAUCUGUCCGAAAUAAGUCAUAUACUCGGAUUAUCUCAUUUUCCUCAAUUUUUUAGGAUUUUGUGGGGUUUUGUUAGAAUGCCUUUAGAACUUAAUUGCUGUCAACUAUUCUCAUCCAAAUUGCAGUCAUGUGCUUGUUGAAACCUUCAAUUAUGUACAGCUAGAUGACCUGGAGGUAUCUCUUAACUAUCAUUUGUCAGUAUAUAUAAAAGUGUACCGUUAUUCGGCCCUUCUUUACUA